UGAAUUUAACAAUUAUAUUUAUAUCUAGACAGUAGUUCUAAUAGAUAUUCAGUUUAAGUGUUUAACUUAGACAGAUCACGAUGUCUUCUAUUAAAUACGAAACAUACCAAGAUGAUACUAUCAGUCAAUCGAAACUGGUUACCAAUCCUGUUACUGAGAAGUUCCAAAGAGUACGUGACUGGUUUAAGACAAGAUCAAUUCUAGAGAUAUGUUUAAUGGUGUUGGCAUUGAUAUUUAUUAUUAUCAUCAUCGCUCUAGCUAUUGCUUAUAAUGUUAAAGGCCCACGAGAACAACAAAAUAAACAACGUACCGGUGCAUGUCUUACACCAGGGUGUGUGCGAGUCGCCGCCCGUAUAUCCGAUUCUGUGGAUACAACCAUCAGCCCCUGUGAAGAUUUUUAUAACUAUGCAUGUGGUGGAUGGAUGAAGAAGACUAUCAUACCAAAAGGCUAUUCGGGUUAUAGCAUACUUCAUGAAAUAUAUGAAGAUGUGGACAAAAUACUGAAAGAGUCGUUGGAGAAGCCAUCGGUAUCGACAGAUCCUGAAGCCAUUAAAAAGGCAAAGAGAUUUUAUAAAUCUUGUAUGGAUGAGGACAAAAUUGAAGCACUUGGAAACAGGCCACUGAUAAAAUUUAUAAAUGAUAUUGGUGAAUGGCCAUUGAUUGCGUCAAACUGGUCCGAAACAGGCUACGAUUUGGAAAAUUUGUUGAUACAGAUAUCCAAAAACUAUGAUUAUCCCAUUAUUAGACUACGAGUUACACCUGAUGAGAAAGAACCACAAAAAAAUAUCAUCCAAUUGCGAGAACCAAUAUACGGACUACCAUUUGGUCACACUGGCCUUAAUGAUUCUACAGUUAAAAUGUUACAAGAUAUGGUGGUUAAAGUAGCUGUUAUGCUUGGAGCUAACGAAACAACGGCCAAAAAAGAUGCCUUGGAUAUGGUGGAAUUGGCAAUAAAACUGGAAAAUAUCAGCGUUCCAGAAAAAACAGAUCCUUUACCCGCUGGUGGUGGCUUUAAUGAAAAUCAAACUGAGGUAGACGUUCCAUCGGGACCGACAACAGCACCAACGGUCCCCGAAAAGAAAAUAACGCUAGACGUGUUUAGUCAGAAAUACCCAGAUGCAAACUUCAACUGGUUAUCCUACGUACAGGGUAUAAUGAAUAACGUUCGAGUCAGUAUAACAAAGGAUGAAUAUGUUAUUAAUAACACACCUCACUAUUUCGAGAGGUUAUUCGCAAUAUUGAAUGCUACACCCAAAAGGACAAUUACAAAUUAUGCUAUCUGGAGGAGCAUAGAGGUCAGAUUGUAUAACACUCCCAAAAAGUUCAGAACUAUUUACGAUAAAUACCUUGAUGCCAUAUAUGGAGAAUAUCCGACACCACUUAGAUAUAAGUAUUGUGCGCCACGCACAGCCCUUACGAUGAGGAAGGCUGUUAGUCGUGGAUUUAUUGAAGAAGCUUUCGACAAAGAAGCCAAAGCUGAUGUGUUACAAAUGAUUAAAACCAUACAGUCGUCAUUUAAUGGGUUGUUGACUACCAAUGACUGGAUGGAUGAUGAUUCAAGAAAGGGUGCUAAAAAUAAGUCUGAUAGUCUCACAAUGAAAAUAGGUUAUGACGAGAGACUCCUAGACGAUACAUAUCUUAACGCUCUCUACCAAAAUUCUGACUAUAACGAUGAUACAUAUUUCUGGAAUAUGGUUAUAUAUACAAAAGAACUACAUUUAACUGCUUUGCGAAAAUUACGUAUUCAAAAUGUUGUAUCAAAAGACGAUUGGUAUUAUGAUCCAUUUAUAGUUAAUACUUACUACUCGGCACCAAAGAACGAAAUUGAGUUUUCAGCGGGAAUUAUUCAACCCCCUUAUUAUCAUAAAGACUUUCCAGCUUUUAUUAACUUUGCUGGAAUUGGUGAUGCUAUUGGACAUGAAUUAACACAUUCAGGAUUGGAUGAUAGAGGAGAAAUAAAGCAUGCAAAUGGAAAAUCAACGACGUGGUGGUCAGAUGAGGUCAUUGAUAAUUUUAAAAAGAAUGCUCUAUGUCUCACUAAUCAGUACAAUACUUAUACUGUUCCCGAAACGAAAAUAAAGGUCAACGGUAAAAGAUCCUUGACGGAAAAUAUAGCUGAUAAUGGUGGAUUGAAACUCAGUUUCCAGGCUUAUCGUGAUUGGGUUCAACAAAGAGGAGCAGAAGAACCAAUGUUACCUGGUCUGGAUUUGACACCAAAUCAAAUUUUCUUUAUAAAUUAUGCUCAGUCAACCUGUGAGAAAUACACCAAAGCGGGGCAUAUCGCUAAUAAUAUGUAUGGUUUCCACAGUCCAGCACGUUAUAGAGUUAUUGGUACCUUGCAAAAUUCACCCGAGUUUGCUAAAACGUUUGGUUGUGGAGUAGGCAGCUAUAUGAAUCCAGUUAAAAAGUGCAAACUUUGGUAGUUGGAAUAUAGAAGAAUAUCUUCUUUCUCCCAAGAUAGCUACUGUCUUAGUGAUCCUCGUUUCCGUUAGCAAUUACGAUCAUGAUAUUGUGUCAUUGUGUCCUAAUAUUUACAUUUAGCUCUUGCAUAAUGUAUGUUUAAUUUCAUGUAGUAUUACUAGUUGGAUUUACUAUAUUCUGCUGCUAAUGUUAUAAUUGUUUUAUCAUGGAAUUAUUUAUCAUAUAAAUUCCCAUUGAGAACAGCAUACAUUAUAUAAUUUGUCAUUCCCCGCUUGUACGUGACAAGGAGUAGGGUCGCCUUCCAACCUAAUUGGUAGUCUCCGGGUCCUCCGGUUUCCCUCCAUUGCUAAAGACCCCAACGCGCAAGCGAAUUAAUGAAAUAAAAUUGGACCAUAUAGUCUCUCUGCGCUUUGCUACUAAACAAACUUUAUAAUGUUCAGUAAGUUUUUUUCAUAGGUUUGACAUAUACAAGUAUGAUGUUUCAAAAUAAUACUUACCUCAAACAGUUUGUAGUAUCGUGUGAAAUUAUCAACUAUUCUCAAAACUACUAAAUACUCAUUUCAAUUUGAAAUCAUAUCACUGUUAUUAUGUUAUAGAUCAUAUUGACCUUUAUAUUUUUAGAAUAAAAUAUUUUGUAUCCUA